AUGGACAACAAAAACGUCGUCGUUUGCGAUAACGGAACCGGCUAUGUAAAAUGUGGAUUUGCUGGAGAGAAUUUCCCAACAUCUGUUUUCCCUUGUGUCGUGGGAAGACCGUUGCUUCGGUAUGAAGAAUCACUCAUAGAGCAGCAAAUGAAGGAUAUAGUUGUGGGAGAGACUUGCGCUGAGCUGCGGCAUCAAUUGGAUAUAAAUUAUCCUGUACACAACGGCAUUGUGCAGAAUUGGGAGGAUAUGGAACAUGUUUGGGAUCACGCUUUCUACAACGAACUCAAAAUCAGUCCAUCAGAUUGUAAGAUAUUGCUCACGGAUCCACCUCUUAAUCCCUCGAAGAAUCGCGAGAAAAUGAUUGAGACAAUGUUUGAGAAAUACAACUUCGCGGGAGUUUUCAUUCAGAUCCAGGCGGUUUUGACUCUGUAUGCUCAAGGUUUGCUAACUGGUUUGGUUAUUGAUUCUGGUGAUGGUGUUACUCAUGUGGUUCCGGUGGUUGAUGGAUAUUCAUUCCCUCAUCUUACCAAAAGAAUGAAUGUUGCUGGCAGACACAUUACAGCAUAUCUUGUUGAUCUCCUCUCUCGACGAGGAUAUGCGAUGAAUAAAACGGCUGACUUUGAGACGGUUAGGGAAAUCAAAGAGAAGCUCUGCUAUAUAGGUUAUGAUUAUAAGAGAGAGUAUCAGCUUGGUCUUGAGACAACCAUCCUUGUCAAGAAUUAUACACUUCCAGAUGGGAGGGUCAUCAAAGUAGGCACUGAAAGAUUCCAAGCACCUGAAGCGCUUUUUACACCGGAACUCAUUGAUGUUGAAGGUGAUGGAAUGGCAGACAUGGUUUUCCGCUGUAUUCAAGAAAUGGAUAUUGAUAACCGCAUGAUGCUCUACCAACACAUAGUGUUAAGCGGAGGAAGCACCAUGUACCCUGGAUUACCUAGCCGUCUUGAGAAAGAAAUCCAGGAUCGGUAUCUCGAUACAGUUCUAAAAGGAAACAAAGAUGGCCUCAAGAAACUCAGAUUGCGGAUCGAGGAUCCACCUAGAAGGAAACACAUGGUAUACCUCGGAGGCGCUGUUCUUGCAGGAAUCAUGAAGGACGCACCAGAGUUCUGGAUCAAUAGAGAGGACUAUAUGGAAGAAGGAAUUAAUUGUUUAAAUAAGAUGGGCCAAGCUUGA